GGUUGCCGUCGACACUUAGUCUGCAGAAAGCAAUACAAUCGAGAUCAUUCGUACGAGUCUUUUACAAACUUGUCAGACAUGGUAGUGGGAAAAGUGAUCGUUUUCUUGGCAAUAGUGGCCGUGGCUGCCAUCUUCACGGAAGUCAACUCGGUUCCUCAAGUUGGUUUGUAUGCCGCCAACAAUUCAAACAAGUCGCACAACCUAAUCGUUGGCUACAGAAUGCCUGGUGACAGACUUGUACUCAGAAGCAGAGUCGUUAAGAAUUCUGCCUGGCUGCAGAUAGUCACCGAACAAAAAACCUUCAACGCGUCGAGGUGGGAUAGGAUCACCUUAAUCCAGGCACUUGACCAAAAGACCAAUGGUAACGGUGCUUACGCCAGCAUUCUCAAUGGCGGCCCAGGACACCAGAACGUUACUCUUCGGUUCAAGAGCCAGAGGAGUCACGGAAUCGACUUUAUCGUCGAGCUGUAUGCACGACCGUGAGCUGAUACAACUAGAACGAACACUGGACACAUUUGGAUGCAUUUCUUAAGCCGAUUUCGUAAAUCGAAGUUUACUCGCCUUUGUAAAACGAAUGUCCUAUGAUAUUCGAAUAAUUCAUUCGCUCGGUUUCGAACUUGUAAAUACCUCUGUUAUCAAAUAAAGCAUAAUAAAGUUUGUUAAUC